AUGGAAUUUCUUCCCGUCUUUUAUUUGCCCCAGUUCCUGCAAAACUGUUCCCAAAGAUCUCCAUUUUCUGGCCAGAUAAAGCGAUUAUUUCUGUGGAAUGGAGAGGAAGUGAAGAAUCCUAGGGAAGCAUGCCCCAAAUUGGCUGGACAGAAAGCAGACUUAGGCCUUCGCAUCGCUUCUGAAGAUGAUUCAGACGUUAAAGCCGGGCCGGGACUUGCGCUAACAUUUCCCUUUGGCUUCGUUAUUGCUGAAAAGUGUAUGAUGCAUUUGGAAUCAAUCUCGGCCAUUUGGAUGACUGACGGCAAGGAGUAUAGCAUGCGGGGGUUGUAUAUUGGAAGGUUCUUCCCUCUUUUGGAGACUCUUCUGAAGUCUGGCCGACCGGACGACGUAACGCCCGAAGGCAGUAGAACCUCGGAGACCGACGUAUCUGAGGCCUCGUCCUCGGUCGCCAUCACCGUCCAGAGGAGGAAGAUGCAUUCCUCGGCCCGACGACGUCAACUGUAUGGGCCAGUUUGGCUGACACGCGGCGAGGAGGUCAACUUUGCCGGGCCGCUCGCCUUCCUGGCCCGAUUGAGCCGGACGAUGCAUCGUCAGAUCACCUCGCAACAGUCACGCCCGGCCAAGCUGGUAAGUCCGGCUCUUCUGGGCAAUCCC